UUCAACCACAACAUGUCUCACAUAGCUGUUGAGAGGAACAGGAGAAGACAGAUGAAUGAGCAUCUCAAGGUUUUACGCUCCUUGACCCCAUGUUUCUAUAUCAAAAGGGUAAUCGAUUAAUCUCUCUUUCUAGAUCUCUAUAUCUAUAUCUUCUCCAUCUAUCAGCUUUCUUCACAGAAGAAUUCAUCAAGGAGUUGCACCACUUCUAUCCACUUUUAACCUGCUGGUUUUGUUUUUUGUUUUUUCAUAUUAAGGGAGAUCAAGCAUCUAUAAUAGGGGGAGUGAUAGAAUUCAUCAAGGAGCUGCACCAAGUGCUGCAGUCUUUGGAGUCCAAGAAACGGAGGAAAAGUCUUAGCCCAAGCCCUGGUCCUAGCCCAAGGCCAUUGCAGCUGACUUCUCAACCCGACACCCCCUUUGGAUUGGAGAACUUCAAGGAACUAGGAGCAUGUUGCAACUCUUCAGUUGCUGAUGUUGAAGCAAAGAUCUCCGGAUCCAAUGUCAUCUUGAGAAUAAUAUCUCGCCGAAUACCGGGCCAAAUCGUGAAAAUAAUCAAUGUGUUGGAGAAACUUUCAUUUGAAGUCCUCCAUCUGAACAUCAGCAGCAUGGAGGAAACUGUCCUAUACUCCUUUGUGAUAAAGAUAGGACUCGAAUGCCAGCUGAGUGUGGAGGAACUAGCUCUUGAAGUCCAGCAAAGCUUCCGCUCGGAUGCUGUUUAUGCCAAUGAGAUAUAACCUAUUGAAACUAAAAUGGUACUGGUUCUUAUAAUGUCGUGAUCAUGGGCAAAUGGAAAUAAGUUUCAUUUCUCCAACCUAAAUAACAGGGCUACUAUAUAUAUACUUAAAAUACUUAAUUGUAAGCAACUUUAUGGCAAUGGAGAGUGUUUUUCUCUCGUUUGAUAAUUAACUAAUGAAGGUUUUCAGUUUGAGCUUGUUUGGACUU